GCCGGUCCUCUACCUUUCAGCGGAACCCUCUGCUCUUUUCAGGGUUUCUUCCCUCCUCUUCUCGCCUGAAUUCACCAUGGCUCUUCCUAAGCAGCUGUUGGGCAAAUGGCAACUCGUGGAAAGUAAAGGAUUUGACGAGUACAUGAAGGAAUUGGGAGUGGGGAUGGCCCUGAGGAAAAUGGCCGGAGUGGCCAAACCAGAUGUUUAUAUCUCUGAAAAUGGGAGCGUAUGUACCAUUAAGACUGAGAGUAGCAUAAAAACUUCACAAUUCUCUUUUACACUUGGUGAGGAGUUUGAUGAAACCACAGCUGAUGGCUGGAAAACUCGGUCUGUUUGUACCCUUGAAAAUGAUACAUUGAUCCAGCGACAGACUUGGGAUGGGAAGGAAACCACAAUAACACGAAAAGUAGAUGAUGGAAAGUUAUUGGUGGACUGCAUUAUGAACAAUGUGACUUGCCACAGGGUCUAUGAGAGGGCCAAGUAAAGAAAUUCCAUCUUCAUACAGGACAGGAAUUAGCUGUUAUGAACGAACCAGCUCAGUUCAAUGAGCAAAUUCUCCAACCAAACUCUCUUGCUUUUUUCUUACUGUGGUCUGUUAUCUCAGUGACUGACUACUUGCAAACAGUUUUAUUUCCAAGCUUUGAUGUAAUUAGGAUUGUUUUGGCUAGUAAAUAAAGAAUUAUGCUGUUAAA